GAAAUUUUUUUUUUUUUAUUCAAAUUCUUUAUUAGAGUGUGGCGAAAUGGUUUGAAUACAUGUAUCAAAUAACUCCAUAACAAACCCAUUGGAACACGUAUUGAAAAUCCAAUUAUACUAGCAUAAAGCUCUCUUUUAAUGGAAGUCCUUCAUUUUUUCACCGUUUUGAUCUCUUUUGUGUUUCAAUUCUCUAGUGCUGCUCAUAUUGAGGCUGUAACUCCAUUACAAUCACUCACAGAUUAUGGUAACACUACUACUACUCUAAUUUCUCCCACCCAAAUCUUUGAGUUAGGCUUCUUCUCUCCCGGAAAUUCGAAGAAUCGUUACUUGGGAUUGUGGUACAAGAGGAAGCCCGAAACAAUUGUUUGGGUUGCCAACAGAAAUAACCCACUGACCGGGUCAAAUGGCGAAUUGACAAUCAAAGGAGGAAGCCUUGUUCUUCUCAACAGCACUAGGAGCAUCAUUUGGUCUGCAAAUGUAUCGAGCAACGCCGCAAGUAGUCCCGUUGCUCUGCUUUUGGACACCGGAAAUCUUGUCCUUCAAGAGCAAGGGAUAAAAACUCAUGAUGUUUACAUAUGGCAAAGCUUUGAUUAUCCUACUGACACACAAUUAGUCGGCAUGAAACUUGGAUGGGACUUGAAAACAGGCUUCGAGUGGUACUUAACAUCAUGGAAAAGUGCGGAUGAUCCAUCAACCGGAGAUGUUACUUACAGGAUUAGCGUAGUCAGUGGGCUUGCUCAAAGUGUACUGGCUGUGGGAUCUGCAAGAAAAUUUCGGACAGGGAUAUGGAAUGGAGUUCGAUACAGUGGCAUGGAAGAGCAGUUUCAAUCAGUUUACAAGAUUUUGCAUACGUUUAAUGAGGAGGAGACAUACAUAACGAUGGUGAGUACUAUUGACUCUGUCAUUUCAUUUCGAAAGGUGAAUCGUUCAGGUUCCUUGCAGCAUCUUGUUCUGCAGAAUGGAAGUUCUGAAUGGGCUACUAUGUACUCGUUUCCAGCUGAUCAACUAUGUGAGCAUUAUGGCUAUUGCGGCCCUAAUGCAGUUUGUACAAAUAGCGGAUCAUAUGCAGUAUGCAAAUGUAUUGAGGGCUUCACGCCGAGGUCUCAAGAAGAAUGGAUGGUGUUAAUGUGGUCCAAGGGGUGCGUGAGGAAGACGCCAUUGGAUUGUAGAGAGGGAGAAGGGUUUGUGAAGGUUGCGGCAGUAAAAUUGCCAGAUUUGAUUGAGUUUUGGUUUAACAAAAGUAUGAGCCUUAAGGACUGCAAGGAUGCUUGUUUGAAGAACUGUUCAUGUCAAGCUUAUGCUAAUUCUGAUGUCAGGAAUGGAGGCAAUGGCUGUUUGAUGUGGUUUAGUGACUUGGUUGACGUCCGAGAAAAGCAUGUGAAAGGCAGUGAUGAUGAUCUCUAUAUCCGAUUAUCUUCUUCAGAAAUAAAAUCAAUCAGUGAUGGAAAUAAGAAGAAAAAACUUCAUACCAUCUUCUGGGCUUCGUUGAGCCUUGGCACAUGUAUCUUUGGCGUUGCAUUGUGGUGCAAAACCUGGAAACUAUGUAAUAGGCUAAAAGGUAAAAGCAACGUUGAAGAUGUAGACUUGCCUACAUUUGAUUUGGCCACAAUUAUAGCUGCAACAAACAACUUCUGCACCGAAAACAUGAUAGGAGCCGGUGGAUUUGGUCCUGUUUACCAGGGGCAACUUUCUACAGGACAAGAAAUUGCAGUAAAGCGACAGUCGAAAGAUUCGGAACAGGGUCUUAAUGAGUUUAAGAAUGAAGCUGAAUUGAUUGCAAAGCUUCAACAUAGGAAUCUUGUUGCUCUUCUGGGUUGUUGUAUUCAAAAGGAAGAAAGGAUAUUGAUCUAUGAGUAUAUGCCCAAUAAGAGCUUGGACCAUUACAUCUUUGAUGGAGAAAGAUGCAUGACACUGCCUUGGAACAAGCACUUCGACAUUAUUAGAGGCAUUGCAAGAGGUCUUCUUUACCUCCACCAAGAUUCUAAACUUCAAAUUGUUCAUCGAGAUCUCAAAGCAAGUAAUAUUUUAUUAGACAACAAUCUGAACCCAAAGAUAUCGGAUUUUGGUUUGGCAAGGACUUUCAGGGACGAUGAGAAAGAAGCGAGAACGAGAAGAAUUGUUGGAACAUAUGGUUACAUGUCACCAGAGUAUGCAAUUGAUGGGAAGUUUUCUGUCAAGUCAGAUGUUUUCAGCUUUGGCGUGCUCUUGCUAGAGACUGUGAGCGGUAAAAAGAAUAGAAGAUUCAAGCACCCAGAUCAUUACCAUAACCUUUCGGGACACGCAUGGUUGUUGUGGAAUGAAGGCAAAGCCUUGGAUCUAAUGGAUGCGUGUUUUGAGGACUCAUACAUUGAAUCUCAAGUGUUGAGAUGCAUUCAAGUGGCUUUGUUAUGUGUCCAAAGGUUCCCGUACGACAGACCGACAAUGUCGUCCGUAGUUUUCAUGUUGGAAAAUGACGGAGCUGUCUUGCGUCAACCUAAGGAGCCUGGUUUCUUCAUCGAAAGGAGUCCAAAUGAUGAGUGCUCUACAUCAAGAAUUGAAGAAGAUUCGCAUUCUGUAAACGUAAUGAGCGUAACAAUUACCAGUGGUAGAUAGAUUGAUCAUGAGCAUGUUAGUAUUUACGUUCUUUUACUGCAAGCGUUGCGU